AUGUUGAGCAAGUCAGUUAUUGCGGCCGCUGUCCUGUCAGCGGCUCCGGUCUUGGCCACCACCCAGUUGAGCGCCUACUGGGGCCAGAAUGGAGACGAGAACGAGAGACUGAGGGACUUCUGUGACACCACGGCACUUGACUACGUUACCCUUGCCUUUGUCAACAGAGCCCCCAAGUCUGUUGGCGACCUGCCCGGCACCAACUUUGCCGCCCACUGCGCCGGCACAACUUACGAUGAUUCGAAGCUCCUGAGCUCUUGUACCUAUAUCCGAGAGGACAUCACGUACUGCCAGGGUCAGGGCAAGAAGAUCCUCCUGUCGAUUGGUGGCGUGUUCAGCGCCGAGAACUUGGUUGACUACAGCCUUCCGGAUAACGAGACUGGAGAGUGGUUUGCUGAGUACCUCUGGGGUGCAUUCGGCCCCAAGACGGAUGACUGGGCCUACGAGCGUCCUUUCGACUAUGGCACCGUCAGUGUUGAGGUUGACGGUUUCGAUUUUGACAUUGAGAAGAAGUUUGACAACCAGGAACCUUACGUCAAAUGUAUCAACAAGCUCCGCGACCUCAGCUCCGGACACGGCAAGAUCAUCUCGGCCUCCCCCCAGUGCCCUGUCGGUGAUGACAACGAGUACUUCCAGAUGCGUGACAUUCUGAUGGGUGCCACCUUUGACAGGAUUUCGAUCCAGUUCUACAACAAUGGACAGUGCGAGGGUGACGAGUUCAACUUUGCCGCUUGGGUUGAGUGGCUUGCAGGUACUUGCAACAACAAGGCCGAGCUGUACAUUGGUCUUCAGGCCAUCCCUGACGGUACCCAAGGUUCGACUGGCUACGUUGAGCCUGAGGACAUUUCGGCUCUCGUCUCCGUGGCUAGCACUUACUCAUACUUUGGUGGUAUCAUGCUUUGGGAUGCCAGCUACGCCUCUACCAUUGUUGCCUCCUCGGGCAAAAGUUACCUCUCCAGCUGCGCCUCUGCUAUUGGCAAGACCGUGACCACCAUCACGACCUCUGCUACUACCCAGUCUGCUACCUCUUCGUCUAGCAGCUCCGCCUCGACUUCGAGCACUGUGACCACCACUUCCAGCUCCGCCGCUGUUACCACAUCCAGCUCCGAGUCUGUUAGCAGCACCUCGUCUUCUGCUGCUACCACUUCGAGCACGGAAUCUGCCAGCAGCAGUUCUUCUGCCUCCACCAGCUCUGAUACUCUUACGACAUCGAGCUAUGAAGCAGUCAGCACCACCUCGUCGUCUGCUUCCAGCAGCAGCUCCACCGAGUCUUCCAGCAGCGCCACUGCUUCCUCAGGCAGCUCCUCAUCUGCUGACUCCACUAGCAGCACUUACUCUGCUUCCUCUUUCAUCAGCUCCUCGGUUCCUUCUUCUAGCAUCCCCGCUACUUCCAGCAUUGCUAGCUCGAGCGCCGCCAUCACGAGCAGUGCUGCCUUGUCCUCCACCUACAGCCAGUCGGCUCCUGUUACUACAUCGGCUUCCACUAGCACUGAUGACGACGACUCCUGUGACGAGGAGACCGACGACGAGGCCCUCCCCUCUUCCACCGGAUCAUCCUCUGUCUACCCUACGCUUGUUCCUACCGGCUACGUGACUGGCUCUCCUUCCGGAUACCCCUCUGGUAGCCCGUCGGGAUACCCAGCUGGCCCCUACGGCAACGGAAGUGUUACCAGCGCGGUCGAGUACACCACCAGCACCGUUUACAGCACCAAGGUCUACACCGUCACCUCGUGUGCCCCCACUGUGACCAACUGCCCUGCCAAGCUUGGCUCAGUCACCACCGAGAUCGUCGCCGUCUACACCACCGUCUGCCCCGUUACCGCCACCGAGACUGGCGUUGCCUCGUCCACUGCUGCUAAGCCUACUGAGGUGACCUCCGCCAGUGAUGUCGAGUAUACUACUAGCACUGUCUACAGCACCAAGGUCUACACUGUUACCUCGUGCGCUGCUACUGUGACUGACUGCCCCGCCAAGAUCGGUAAAGUUACCACUGAGGUUGUUGCUGCUUACACGACGGUUUGCCCCGUCACUGCAACCGAGACUGGAGUCGCUACUGCUCCCACCGCUCCUGGCAGUGGCUCGAAGGCAUACUCUACAGUCCCUGCUGGCGGUAGCUACUCUGUUUCCUCCGCCGUCCCCGCCGGUAGUGCUUCCAAGUCCUACUCUGCCAUUCCUGUCAGCAGCUUCACCACCUACCUGAGCGCCCCCAUCUACCCUACGGGCAAGUCCAACAGCACAGUUGCCGCUUCGGGUACCGUCAAGCUGUCGAGCUCGUCUAGCGCUGCCGCGACUAGCAGCCUCGCUCUCUCGACCAGCAAAGCUUCUGCCGCCACCACUGCUCCUAUCUCUGCAGUGACCACGGCACCUGCCACUGCCGGUGCAGCGAAAGCUAUGGUCAGCUUCGGUGCCGCUCUGGCAAUGGUGAUGGCUCUGGCGAUUUAG